UUUUUUUUCCCGUGCAGGAAGCGGGUCCGGGCAGGCAGUGCAGUAGCUCAGGCGUGAUCGCGGAGUGAGGCGGACGGGAUGGCUGGAAACGCGUGGAGGUCAACGAUCUUAAGCCUGCUGGAAAGAUUCGGGUUACGGCUUAUUGGCAAGAAACAAGAAGAAUUGUCUCGUGUUGUGAGUGCUGUACAGAGCCAGGCACCAGUCCGAAGCUAUGGCAGCGGGCUACAAACUGUAACACUUAUCCCAGGGGAUGGCAUUGGGCCAGAAAUUUCAAGUGCUGUCAUGAAGAUUUUCGAAGCGGCCAAGGCUCCAGUUCACUGGGAAGAGAGAAAUGUCACUGCAAUUAAAGGUCCAGGAGGAAAGUGGAUGAUUCCCCCAGAAGCUAAAGAAUCGAUGGAUAAAAGCAAAAUUGGACUGAAAGGACCUCUCAAGACACCCAUUGCUGCUGGCCAUCCCUCUAUGAAUCUGCUGCUUAGGAAGACAUUUGAUCUUUACGCAAACGUGCGUCCAUGUGUGUCCAUUGACGGCUACAAGACCCCCUACACUGACGUGAACCUCGUCACAAUCCGAGAGAACACUGAAGGAGAGUACAGCGGGAUUGAGCACGUGAUUGUUGACGGAGUGGUACAGAGUAUUAAACUCAUCACUGAGAAAGCUAGUAAGCGUAUUGCUGAGUUUGCAUUUGAGUAUGCCAGGAAUAACCAAAGAAGUACUGUUACAGCGGUACACAAAGCCAACAUCAUGCGUAUGUCUGAUGGACUGUUUCUAAGAAAAUGUCGGGAAGUUGCAGAAAACUACAAGGAUAUCAAGUUCACAGAAAUGUACCUGGAUACAGUGUGCCUGAAUAUGGUACAAGAUCCAACACAAUUUGACGUACUCGUAAUGCCUAACUUGUAUGGUGACAUCCUCAGCGACUUGUGUGCUGGGUUGAUUGGAGGCCUGGGAGUGACUCCUAGUGGUAACAUUGGAGCCAAUGGAGUCGCCAUUUUUGAAUCGGUCCACGGAACAGCCCCAGAUAUAGCAGGGAAGGACCUGGCCAACCCCACUGCCCUGCUGCUCAGCGCGGUCAUGAUGCUGCGGCACAUGGGCCUCCACAGCUACGCCGGCAAGAUCGAGGCGGCCUGCUUCGACACCAUCAACGACAAGCAGGUUCUGACCAAAGACCUGGGGGGCGGUGCGAAGUGUUCCGAGUUCACGAAUGAGAUCUGCCGCAGAGUGCGAGACAUGGACUGAGAAGCGGCGCCUGCUCUCCUGGUGCCCACGCAAGCUGUCUCUGGCCUCCAGUCUGUAACCCCCCAGAUCUCCGUCAUCUUCAGAUUCACAAUGCGCUAUAUUCAUACAGAAAAUAACCCCUUGGGUUGACCUCUGAAUGUCUCUCCUUUGACCACAGAGCACUGUCGUAUGUAUCGUCACUCACUAUGUUUGUGUACUUUGUUUCUGCUUGGCGUUCUCUAUUUAUUGACCAAAUAUGGCCUUCAUCAGAUGGAUUUUAUUUUGUUCUUUUUUCUAAAACUGCUGUUUUUGUCAGUGGCAAACACAAAAAGAAUCGUCCGUGUUGUAAUCUUGCCUAGGACAGAACCCCCAUUAAAAGAUCAAGAUAUUUUGAAAGGAGUGUUUUGGGUUUUUUCCUUCUCAUGUUACAGUGUGCGUUUGGUGUUUCAUAUUGAUAUUGAGUGUGGUGUCUUAAUAACACCUCGCAUAUGUAAGAUUGUUGUGAAUUGUGAUCCACAGCUCAUCUGUUAUUGGGCUAUUUAAACACUGUGUAUACCCAUAGAUGUCAUUUUGGUUUCUGCAUGGACAUGUGUGUUGAACAUUUUUCUUAAUCUUCUGCAGGUCUUAGGGUUACAAAGUGAAACCGCAGACAGCGUGUUUGUUGGAUGAAUUAUCUAACGGCAUUUCAAAAUAGAGGGAGGCUGUUCCCCCCGAUGCAGAGCCUAUACAGUAUCGUGUGUAAUUUUACCUUUUGAGCUGCAUGCUUUAUGUUCAAGUGAACGUCUGCUCCUGCACCUCAGCUGUUUGUAAAACCAGCAGUGUUUCUCACUAGAGCUUGCAUUUUUUUGUUCAUCUCCGCGCGUUUGAAAGCCUUUUCUGUGGCCUUUACCUCUGGUUGUGAAACACCUGUUAUUCGGGAUUCUUUUUUGUUUUUAAAAGUUACUCUUGGUGCAGACUUCAACUUUAUUUGUUAUAAUUUCUUAGAUCUGUUAUUCAGUCCUGAGUUCUGUUAAUGCAAGCUGUUUUGUUCUCUCAUUAACCCCCCUUUGUGUUUUUUGCUUUGCAAAAAGUGAUCCUUCAAAUGCUGGCUUUGUUCAUGAAGCAGCUUGACUGGAACGCACUUUUAGCUUGUGUAUUCAUGCUCUGCCUUUGCACACUGCUUCAAAUUAUAAAGACGGUUUGAGUGAUAUCUCUGAUGUUUACUGGUAUCCAUUCUUAGUCUUUUGUUUUUUACAGUAAGUGUAAAAUGUUUAGUGUUGAAUGAAUGUAUUGGGUCCAUGAAACACAAUGUAAGUUGAGGCCUGAGGAAUGAAUUUUGGAUCAAACUAUUUCGUAGGUUUGUUUGCUAACCCUAAGGAGAGAUGCAUAUUAUUUUGUCCCUGUUUGCACCCUUUGUGAUAUGUUGAAGAAAAAUGGCCUUUAUAAAAUAAUUGACUUAAAUACAUUCUGAAUAGACAAAAACAGCUAUGGUAUAAAUUUAGCAAAUGCAAAUAACUGGCGCCCAUUGACUUAAUCUUGAUUAAGUGUGAGUUGUACAGACCAUUGAAAGAGUGUAAACAUACAUAACAUGACGCUACAUAACAUUUUAAUGCACUAAUGUAGAGACCUUGCAAAAACAUAUUGAUUUAAUUAAACUUAGCCACACAAUGCCAGUUCAUCUUGAAAUAAACAACAGUUAAAGGAUCUCGAGAAUUACUAGAAACAGAAAUCUAUUGAUCUUAAUAUGCUGACAUUUAAGUUUGAAAUGUGAAAUGAAAUAAUAGGAAACAAGUUUGAAAUGUAAAGUAAGCAAGAAUAUGCUGAGGAAGCAGAUUAUAAUAGAUUAUGACCAAAACAUUAAUAUUUUAUAACUACUGUAUAUGUUACAGAACAAAUAUUUUGUAACCAAUUUAGUUGUGUCUAACAGCCCUAUAAACAGUGCUGUUGUGUUUUGUAUAAUCAUUCUUUGUAUAAGAUGCCAAUUUCAUUUCUGUACAUCUCCAGAACGCAUGGUCUGCGAAGCUUCAUAGUAGGACCUAAAAAUAAAGGCAUAGUGUGAGAGUUA